UCUGCUUUACAAAGGAGUAUAGGCUGCAGAUCAAUUUCUGAUGUCUUUGGCCUCCAGAAAUAGAACCAUUUGUUGUUCAUUUUUGGCCCGGCUCUUGCCGAACUCGCUAAAGAAUAUAGCCCUUCGCCCGCCUGUGAUCAACAAGGUCAGGGAUGUUGAGCACAAGUGAUCCACCUGCAUCAUGCCACACCUUGCGAGGACACCUUUCCUCUAAGACAGCAGUCCAUUCAGCAAGCAUCGCCGUCCGUCAACUAACUACAUUCUCGCCCAACAGUGUGACUGACAUAUGUAUAUCAGUCGUGUCUCUCUAUCGCAUUGAGACGAUAUAUCCUAGAAUUUAUGCAGCACAAAGCAUACUCUCGCGGUAAAGCUCCCUCCUCAAUCGUGGUGCGCCACCUCCUACUCCUAACUGGCUAGAUCAUCGGGCCCCCGUUUGCUUGGGAGAACGUGGACAGUAAGUUACUCCGUACCAAAGCUUUCUGGAAAUCCUUGGCACAAACGCCGAGAAAAAGAAAAAAGAAAAGAAAAGAAACCAUGCAAAGGCGGUAGGCAAGGCCGUCUGGGCAGCAUGAAGAGCCGGUCCAAACGCGUGAAAGGAGCAUGUGCAGGUGUAAAUCACAGAAGGCUCAUUCUCGCGGCUUAUAACCCUGAAACUGCCAAAGAGGCCAAGAGGUCCAUUGAAAAGAGCACAAGGCGUAUUGGUGUAGUUGAGAUUUGGGAGCUGGAUCUUUGCUCCUACAGAUCAGUCCAAGAAUUUGCUAAACAGGCAAAGAAGCUCAACCGGUUGGAUGCAGUGGUUGAUAAUGCUGCCGUCGCUACAGCAAGAUUCCAGAUUGCGGAGGCAGAUGAACUGACGGUAACAAUUAACGUCAUCUCCACCUUCUUCCUGGCAGCGUUAUUACUUCCCAAGAUGAAACAGACAGCCCAAAAGUUCCAUACUCGUCCGCACCUUAAUAUCGUAUGUACCGGAGCUAUAUUUCACACAUCUUUCCCCGAGGCUCAAUCCCGCAGGAUAUUUGAGCAGCUCAAUGAUAAAAGGUCCGCUCGCAUGCAAGCUCGCUAUCAUAUUAGCAAGCUCAUGGUGGCCAUGAUAUGCCGAGAGAUCUACGCAAUGCAUCACGAAGGAUCGCCGGUGAUAAUCAACUAUUCGAAUCCGGGAUUUUGCCAUUCAACUCUGCUUCGGAAAAUGUUUCCUGGUGAUAUUAUCAUGGCUUGUCUCGCUCGUUCUGCCGAAUGCGGGAGUCGAACGGUUAUCCAUGCGUUAACGGCGGGCGCGGAUUCCCACGGGCAGUGCUUGAACGAUGGAAAGGUCAAAAACCCACCGCAUCUAUUGUUGACGAGAGAGGGUGCUGAUAUACAGCGGCGGGUUUAUAAGGAGUUGACACGGAAACUGGAAGCGAUUCAGCCGGGAAUCACAGCCAAUCUUGAUGGAAGGACUCCAGACAAGUGGAUGAAGGAUCAUUGGCACUGACACACUGCGUCUUUGUCGAGAGCAUGGUCGUCCGGGUCACUCAACUUCCAUACCCUAGAAACAACCUGGCCAGCUGAUAUGAGUGUAAUGGGCGAAACAGCGCUCCUUGCCAUUUCUCAGGUGGUGGGUGUCAUGAAUGAAGUCGCCACUCAGGGCCUAACCUCUAGAGAAUUUUGUGUUGAUCCGGUGAUUGAAAAUUGGUGCUGUGUGUUUCCUGUUCCCCUUAAAAUUUGCAAGCCAUUCCGUAACGGAACGGUCUUUUCAGCGUACGCUGUAGCUAGCUGCGCAUGCUUAAUCUGUUGCCUCACAGUUGUUAUUGAUACACUCUAAUAAAGAACCUGCAUCAUUUUU